AAGUGACGUCAUUGUUUGUGCUGCUGGCGGAAUACGAGUUCAUAUUCUAAACUGCCUGAUUUGAGUUCUACAUAUUUUUUUAGCUGUUUAGUUCUAUGUUUUAGUUUAUUUCGCUUAAUAGCAAAUCACCAUGUCGGUGGCGUUUGCACCUCACAGACAACGUGGAAAGGGUGAUAUAACACCCACUGGAAUUCAGAAGUUACUGGAUGAAAACAAUCAGUUGAUUCAAUGUAUAAUGGACUUCCAGAGCAAAGGAAAGACAGCAGAAUGUUCACAGUACCAGCAGAUGCUCCACAGAAAUUUAGUUUACCUGGCCACAAUAGCAGACUCCAAUCAGAACAUGCAGUCUCUGCUCCCUGCUAAGUGUGACUCCCCUACUCCCCCAGAGGUAAAGCUUGAACCUCCUACUCAGAACAUGCCCAUGGGCCCUGGUGGGAUGAACCAGAGCGGAGUGCCGGGCCCCCAGCCCCCCCACGGACACAACAUUCCCUCUGAGGGCAUGGUCAGUGGCGGACCCCCAGCCCCACACAUGCAGAGCCAGAUGAACGGACAGAUGCCUGGGCCUAAUCACAUGCCCAUGCAGGGCCCUGGGCCAGGUCCCAACCAGCCCCCCAACAUGCCCGGCAGCGGCUCCAUGAACAUGCCCCCCAGCAGCCAUGGCUCUAUGGGCGGUUACAACCACGCUGUGCCCUCCUCUCAGAGCAUGCCUGCCCAAGGCCAGAUGAACAUGACCCAAGGACCCAUGGGUAACUACGGCCCCCGGCCCAACAUGAACAUGCAGGCUAACCAAGGCCCCAUGAUGCACCAGCAGCCUCCCUCCCAGCAGUACAACAUACCCCCUGGAGGUGGCGGGCAGCACUACCAGGGCCAGCAGAACCCCAUGGGCAUGAUGGGCCAGGGGAACCACGUGAUGGGGCAGAGGCCCAUGCCCCCUUACAGACCCCCACAGCAAGGACCCCCUCAGCAGUACCCAGGGCAGGAAGACUACUAUGGGGACCAGUACAGUCACGCAGGACAGGGAGCCUCAGAAGGUGGUUUACUACAGCCACCGUUCCCUGAUCAAGGCUUUGAUCCCUCAGAACAAUACUACCAAGGAGAGCGAGACCCAGCAGCCAACCAACAGUCCCCCUAUGAAAAAGAUAAUGAGCGAGACCCAGCAGCCAACCAACAGUCCCCAUAUGAAAAAGAUCAUGGUAAUGCCCAGUAUGGCCAGCAGCAGGAGGCCUACCAGCAAGGUCCUCCCCAGCAGCAGGGCUACCCCCCACAGCAGCAGUACCCUGGACAGCAGGGCUACCCUGGACCGCAACAGGGCUACGGUCCGUCCCAGGGAGCCCCAGGCCAGUACCCCCAGGGUUACCCCCAGGGCCAGGGGCAGCAGUACGGGGCCUACCGGGGCCCCCAGCCCGGCCCCCCUCAGGCCCAGCAGCAACGCCCAUACCCAGGCUACGAUCAGGGACACAUGAGGAAAUAAAGACCCAGGGAUUUGAACCCCUGACUAGUUCUGUAAGAAGCAAAGGGUCAAUAUGGAAAUUACCAGCAAUGAGAGAUGGCCAUGGCAGUCACUCAGUCAGUCACCAAGAGCCCUGCUCUGACCUCUAACCUCUGACCUCUGUACAACUGUUAUCUGGACUUUUAUAACGGCUGCAGCUCACAGAGACGCCCACACACACACACACACACUUUGCCCUCUGUAUCCUCUAUGUCUGGGCCUUAUGUAAUGAGAUGAUUGUGUUCACUUCCAUUUCUCCUUUUCUAGUCUGAGUUAAGUCUCAAAGCAGCAAUGCCUUAAAACCAAACAGAGCUGCCUUAUCCAGAGCACUGCAGAUUUCGAAAAAGGGCAAAAAAUUACCCGUAAAAUUCAUUUUGUCUAGAUUACAGAGGACAGAACUGAACUUCACACUCUUGUAGGGCAAUGUUUCUCCAUCCAAUAGCCCCCUGUUCAUAAGAAGCAAUAAUGCCAAUGGGAAGUGGAGGGGUGGGACGGGGAUGGAGUGAGGAGAUUUUACACCAGAAACAAAAUUCUGUAAGGCUAUGUUAUAUGUCAAGGUCAACAUAUGUGAUGAUGUAAACAUGUAUUUUAUGAUUUUUAGAUGGAGCUAAUUUUGUAUAAGAAUUUGGAGUACUGUUGAAUAUGGUUUCUGUUUUCCUCCUGAAGUGUUAUGUCUCUUGAUGUAAGUUGUGAUUAACAUUGUUUUCAUCUGCUAUUUUGUUUGUUCUUUUGUUAUUUGUAACCCCUGAUUUCCCUUUGCUUCUUCAAUGACUUGUACAUUGAAUAUGUGCUUGGGGUGAACAAAUCAGAUGCUUUGGUUUUAUGAAUGGAUUGUACAUAGAAAGCCCUCAAACAAACUGAGAACACCUAUCUGUAUUGGAGCAUCAGUGGUGAAACAUUAUUUCUUUGGGCAACAAAACAUGACCUGUGAGUGGGGCUGGAUUCUGACUUUGAGAUCUACAGUAUGUGUGUAACUAGGGUUGCAAAGCUACCGGUAAUUUACCAAAGUUACCGGAAUAUUGCGUGAUUUUAGUCAUUAACAGAAUCUAUUGUAACUUUGGUAAUCUAGUAAUCUAUACUUGAAUAACUUUUAAAAACUGUAUUCGUAUAUAGUGUUCAUUUAUUAUAUCUGUGACCAUAUUGUCCAUGAGUUUUAUAUUAGAUAGUAGGGUGGCAGGUAGCGCGUUGGGCUAGUAACCGAAAGGUUGCUGGUUUGAAUACCUGAGCAGACAAGGUGAAAAAUCUGCCGACUUGCCCAUGAGUGAGGCACUUAACCCUAAUUUGCUCCAGGAACGCCAUGGCUGACCAUGUCAAACACCACAUUUCUCCGGACUAAUCUGGUGUAUGUGACAUUUUUUUAUUUCACCAUAUUUUUCAAGAGAAAAUAACCUAAUUAAUGGCAAAAAGCAUCUAAUCAGCAAUUACAUAAUUUUUUCACUAAUCUAAUGAUUUACUUUUUUCACAACUGCCACCAGUUUGAUGCCCAAACAUGAAUAAAACAUUGACAUAAAAUAAAAGUUUGUAAAAAGGAAAUUUCAUGCUGAAACCCUCAUAUUAAACACCAAUGAAUGGUAUUCAUUUAGUUAAUUUUUUUAUUUAGGAUUGUUUAACAUCUUUGUCAUAUUUUUUUAACUCUAAAGGUUCGGUGUCCCUAAACCUGGAUGGUUGUUGCUAAUGUGACUAGAAUGACAUAAGUAACAGCCAACUUUCCAGUACAUAGAUAUGUCUUAUAUGGGCAGAAAGCUUAAAUUCUUGUUAAUCUAACUGCAGUCCAAUUUACAGUAGCUAUUACAAUGAAUAAAUACCAUGCUAUUAUUUGGAGAGUGCACAACAACAAAACACUUAUCAUGGCAACUGGUUUGAUACAUUCACCUCUGAAGGUAAAUAAUGUACUUACAUUUAGUAAUCUUGCUCUGAUUUGUCCUCCUGAGGGUCCCAGAGAUCAAAUGUAGCAUAGUUUUGUUUGAUAAAACACAUGUUAUAUUCAAAUGUAGGAACUGGGUUCUGUCUUGGGCCCUGCCUGGCCAUCUAGAUGUCUGAAGGUUAGUGGGGGUUUUUUCUGUAGGGAAGCUAAUUAUCCAUCAUGUAUGACAUUCCUGAAUGUGUUUAAACUUGUAUUUUUUUAUUACCAUAGCAUUUUUGUAUGUUCUCUAUAGUUAUGUACUUGAAAAUGUAUCAAUUGACCAAUUCGGCACAUUUGGGGAAACUCCUGGCAGACUUGAUACAAAAUAUAGUCUACUAAUGUAAUGCUUCACUGGAUCAGUCUGAAACUUUACACACACACUGCUGCCAUCUAAAUUACACCUAAACUCCUAUCUGAAUGUAUGGCCUUUCUCUUGCAUUUCAAAGACGAUGGAACAAUGAUUAUUUUCUGAAAACGCAUGUUUUUGUUUGUAUUAUCUUUUACCAGAACUUAUGUGUUAUUCUUCUACAUUAAUUUCACAUUUCCACAAACUUCAAAGUGUUUCCUUUCAACUGGUAUCAAUAAUAUGCAUAUCCUUCCUUCAGGUCCUGAGCUCCAGGCCAUUAGAUUUGGGUAUGUCAUUUUAGGUGGAAAUUUUAAAAAAUGGGCCGAUCCUCAUCUGAUUAAAAUAUUUCAGAUAUUUUACAUGUUAUUACCCACGCAGAGGGCCAGAGAUUAUUAGACACUUGUCAUAAUCUGAAUUACACAAAUGGGCCACUAGAUGUCUUCUGACAGAUUGUAAAAAAAAUCCUUGGAAGAUAAAAAACAAUUCUGUUAGUUUACACCCUCCCUUUGCAAACCAAUGUGUAUCACAAAGCACUGAGCCCAUAUUCAUAAAGUGUCUCAGAUUAGGACAGCUGAAUUGGGAUCAGUUUAGCCUUUUAGAUAAUAUGUAAGAAUAAAUAGAUAGGGGAGACCUGAUCCUAGAUCAGCACUCCUACUCUGAGACGAUAUAUUAAUAGGGCCCCUGAAUGCUUCCAGUACCCCCUGCUUCUCUUAAAAGUUGAAUUUAGAAGCAUGUAUCUUAUGGCCUUGGCGCUUCAGUGUGCUCUGUUAUUGGUAGCUGAAUAAGAGAUUAAUUAAUUUGGGGGAUAUUCCAAACAUAUGUCUAAUGUGCAUCGGACACAGCUCUCUGGAGAAUAGUGUCUGCUCGAUACAUUACGUUUUUAUCAGCAACUUUCUGAACGUUUUGCCCGUGCUGAAUAUUCCCAUAAUGGGUCUGUGGGAGUGCAUUGACCACAGACUGUCCGAUCAGACUGUCGUACAUUCAGUAUGUUCAGCACCACAUAAGCUUGUUUCAGACAGAAUUAAUCGUCUUUACAAUGUUGGAUGAGAUUUCUCCCCCGAAUAAACUUUUACAUUUUUGUUAUUUAAGAAAAUGUAAUGUAAGUUAACCACCAACAGAAUAAUAAGAGUUAUGUGGAGUAUAACAAAGUGUUACGUUAUACUCUAAACUGAGUGUCUUGCUGUAAUGAUUUGAGAUACAUUUCCUAUGAUGUCAUGCAACAUUUCACUCUUGUACAGACGGGUUGUGUUAUUUUAUGAAACCUUGGGCUUGAUAUACAUUUGUACAAUAUGCAUAAAUCAUGCACAUACUAUAGAGAAGAUAGAAGUAUGGUGAUUGGUUUCCAGUCAGCCUCAAAGAUACUAACCUUGGUAUGCUUUAGUACAUACCUUGUAAUAAAUGUUUUGUCUUUCAUUUACCCUGUAGCCAACAUGAUGUUACUGUAAGUGUCAUUGUGAUGUGAAACUGUACAGUAUGUCACUGAAAAACUGCAACAAUAAAUAGAAUUUUUUUUAAUACA